AUGCAAAAAGUGGCGAGCGCGCCGGGCGAAGAGGAGCACGGGUCGGACGGCUGGCCGUGGUCGGGGUCGGGACGGAAGAAAGAGCAAGGACGGCCGGCGUCGGGGCGGAUGCUGAACGUACCGUCGUCCAUGUUGCUGUCGGUCGUGGUGAGAGUCGAAAAGCUGGGGUACGCGCUGCGCCGCGCCGAGCGCUCGCUUUUGAGCGCCGCCACAAACAGCGCCCAAACAAACGCCCGCCAUCCCGCCAUCAUGCCUCCCCCGACCCUCGUCGUCUGCGAACUCGUCCACGAGGGCCCCGUAUCCGUCGUCUCACGCGCCACGCUGGACGGUGCCGUCGUCGCAGUCAAAUCCGCGCCCUCGCGCCGUGAGUUCUCCAGGGCGCCGCACGACAUCAUCAAGGAGUACAGGAUACUGAGCAGCAUAUCCCACCCGAAUGUCAUCUCGGUCCUGGGCAGCUGCGCCGACAGCGAACAAGUCGAGUUCUCCUUCUGGAUGCCUUACGUGCCGUCCACCUUAGACUGCUUGCUGCGCAGCCCUAGAUUCUCUCCGUAUGAAUACCAGAACGGAACAUGGAUCCGGUCCGACUCGUACGCAACGCGUUUCACGGUACUCACCAAGUCCGUCAUUUGGCAAGUUCUCUCAGCGCUGGCGUUCCUGCAUGACGAUGGUCGCAAGAUAGCACAUCGCGAUAUCAAGCCAAGCAACUUGCUAUUGACGACAGAGGGCUGCGUUAAACUCAUCGACUUUGGCGUCGCAUGGCAGCAUACGGAGAAUAAGCCUAGCUUUGGGCUCCGAGAACUCUGGCCGGAAAAGCACGGAAUGUACUUCCAAGUCGCGACAGGCCCUUACAAGCCUCCUGAACUUCUGUUCGGUCCAAGUUCCUAUGAUGCUUUCGCGGUCGACAUGUGGUCCUUGGGGGCCAUGUUUGCGAGCUUCUUCACCAGCUUACGGCUCUCGGGCGAGGGAUCAGAUGUGGAGGAUGACUGUCUCGACGACCAGAGUGAGACGAGACAUCUGCCAUUCGUUGUGCCUCAGCCCCCCGGGCCGGAUAUGGUAUGGUCUCGAGAUACUUUGUUUGAUGCUGAUCGAGGCGAAAUCGGCCUGGCAUGGAGCAUCUUCAAAGUGCGGGGCACGCCCACCAAGGCGAACUGGCCGACCUUUGACGAUCUCCCCGACGCGAACAAGCUAUUGUUCCAGUCAGCUGAGGCAGUAGAACUAGGUUCACUCUUGCCCCACAUAGCACCAGACGAGGCUAGUUCAUUCGAGACAACAUCCCACUUCAUCGAGAGAGAGCCGCAACCCGCCGUCCUUGAUCUCCUGCAUCGCCUCCUCGUUUACCCGGAGUCCAGGAGGCUGAAGUCCGCCGAUGCGUUGAAGCAUCCGUGGUUCAUCGCUCCCCCAUCGUUCCUACUACCAGGUGGAGAUCAUCCGGGUGGUAGUACCGCAACAUACAUGUAUGAAGGAGAGACGUUAGACCAGCUCUUAGCUGGCCUACUUCAGCUCGCAGACGAGUGAUGGCCCGGGACCGCACUACCUCUUAGAUCUGCCCUGACUACGUGUAAAGACCCGUCCACUUGGGUGUGGCAGUUGUGUUGAAAUCGCGUGCCGCGACUAUGGCAUUGAAC